GAGUUCCCUUUGCCCUGGUGCUGACGUCGGUACUGGCUGUGGUGCCGCUGCCUUUUGGCUCCGAGUUGCAGCCCUGCGGGGUGAGGCUGGGUGUGCAGGGCCACGUGCGAGGUGGGCACCAGGCGUGCGUGCCUCUUCUUGGGGCUGGUGAUGCUCUGGCGGGACGGCUACAGGUCUCGGUGUGUCUGUCUCUAAAGCUGUCUCUUGUCACCCUUGAAGAAGUCCGUCCUUCGCCCUCCACCCUUUCCCGGCAGCUGGUGAUGGCAAAAUAUGACCUUCUUCAGGUCCUGGGCGGUGACAGACGAACCCAACCCAAGAGCAGUGAAUGCGUGUGGAGUCGUACCCCUGUAGAGCACCCGGUGACUUUUGAUGGUCUCUUAGUAGGAUUCAGCCGACAGAGCCUGGUCACCAUCCCUCAACUUGAAAAUGUCUCUAAUCUGACAGCUUCCUUUACGAUCUCUCUUCGCACAGUGGACAACAUCACAGUUAUGAUUAAACUGAGACCUGGUGUUUCACCAAGCUGUCAAAUUCGUGUUAAAAAUGUCAUCAGGUCUGAACUGAAGAUAAAGCCUGGGGAGAGCGUGACUUUUGCAUUCACUUGUAGUACUCCAGAGAAGUAUUUCGUCAUGGAAAUUCAGAAAAAUAUUGACUGUGUGUCAGGCCCGUGUCCCUUUGGCGAUGUUCAUCUUUACCCACUGGGGCUACCUCGUCUUAACAGGACUUUCAUCUGGGACGUGAAGGCGAGUACAAAGGCUGGACUUGAACUGAAAUUUUCUACCCCGUGGCUAAGACAGAUUGAACCAGGAGAGACGUGCCCGGAUUUUGUGAGCUACAACAUCAACAGCUGUAUUGAUGAGGCCACGGUCAACAUUGGCACCUUCUGCAGGAAUGGCUCGGUGUCUCGUGUCAAGCUGCUGGGAGGAGUGGUCAUGUCUCUGCAUCUCCCGUGGGACUCGCCUCUCACCACCUCAGGCUUCAACAUAGCUAACAGGACUUCCAUAAAACGGUUAUGCAUUAUUGAAUCCAUUUUGAAUGGGGAGUCUUCGAUCACCCUGAUGUCCCCAAACUACCCACUGGGCUUUCCAGAAGAUGAGCUCAUGACAUGGCAGUUUGUAGUUCCUUCGAACAUGAGAGCAAGCGUGUUUUUCCACAACUACAGCCUCUCCAACUGUGAAAGGAAAGAGGAGAGGGUGGAGUACUACAUCCCUGGCUCUCUCAGCAACCCAGAGGUGUUCAAGCUGAGCGACAGCCAGCCUGCCAACAUUGCUGGCAGUUUCAACCUGUCCCUGCAGGGCUGCGAUCAGGAUGUCCAGAACCCAGGCAUCCUCCGCUUGCUCUUCCAAGUUGUCGUUCAGCACCCACAGGUCGAUGAGAAUGUCACCCAUUUGGUUGACCUGAGCAAGGAGUGGAAUACAACCGUAACGAUACACUUUGAAGGGUGGCCCAGCCGCAUCCCACUCAUGUCUGAACCGAUAUGCCUGAUCUGUAAGGAUCCUCGCACCUGCGACCGUGUCUUGACUUUAGUGUCUGGUGCCGUCUACAAGAUCUCCUUUCUGUGCAAGGACUUGUCCCGUCUGAGGAUCACAGCUGAAAAAGGCAUAAGCUGUGUUGAUCUUCGGUGGUGUCAGAGGAAGAUCUAUUCACUUUCGGUGCCCAAGGCUAUUACCCAAUUGCCGAUUCGACUGCAUAAAUUUAUUUGGAAGCUCUUGGCUCCUGAUGUGAUCAACAUAGAAAUUAUGUCUCCAUCCUUGAAACUUCAGCAACACGUCCCAGAGCAGAGGUGCAAUACGAGCUACAGUUACAGUGUUGUUAGUGCCACCCCAGAGACGGAGUUGAAUGUUGGUGUAUUCUGUCCUGGUGGAUCCAUUGAAAAGAUUCAGAUGAGGAAUAAUAUCACCAUAUCCUUAAAAACUUUUGGUAGAGGAUUCCUCAAUGAGUCUAACCAUCAGGAUCUGAAAAUGUCUUUUGUGCCACACAUUAAAGGUAAGGUAGUGUUUUGUACUACUUUGUUGUACAGUGUUGGAUUUCUCAGUGUGCUUGUUAGAGCACAUAUGG